AUGGCGCCUUGGAGGAAACACUUGAUAGAAGCGCAAUUAGAGAAGGUAACGGAGUACAACUAUGACGAUGUGGCAAAACGAAUUGUUAUGAUCUUGGACUCACGUUCAAUCAUUCAAUCAGCUGCACAUAUGCUUGUCCAACGUAUAAAUCGUUGGUAUAUGCCUUCUUAUUCGGAAGAGCUGGAUAUACAAAAAAGAAAUAUCUGUGAUAACUUUUUAGCAAGUUUAUUGCAUGCGAUUGCAUUGCGUACAAAGCAUAUCAAAGAUGUUCCAACCACAGAAGGUCUUUCGGGAAUUCCUUUAUUCAAAUCGGAUUUACUCUCAACGAGUCUUCACGGUAGAAUUCGCAUCGGCCCGGUGGCUGUUGCACUCUAUAAUAGCGGUAAUAUGACGAUUGAUGAUGUCAUGGAACUCGUUGAAGCUUGUUUAGAACCACUUUACUGUUCACAAUUCCUACAAAGAAUCAGUGAUGCAAUUAUCAUACUCGAAUUUACCGGAAAACAAAUGGCAAAGCAUAACAUGGCACAAUUUGUAUCUCUAAUGGAACAACUUCGAGUGCUUUUGGUCAAAAAUGAAGAUUGGGCAUCUAAAAGAGUUAGAAUUUGUGAUCGAGAUAUUCCAAACUUAUUUCAACGCUUUUUUGAUCUUCAACGUACACUGGAGAAUACUGCAAAAGAAAACGCUACCAAACCGGGAACUGUUGAAGAAUCUGCUCUUAGCGAGAAGCUUAACUCUGAUAUUUAUUCGUUGACGAUUAGUAGAUUCUCAGAAGAAGAAGAAAGUUUAUUUAAUCGAACCAUUUCUUCAACCGCUUUCUCUUGUUCUGGCGACGACGAUGAUGGCAGCUCACUUUCAACUAUAGAAGGUAAAUAUUCUUUCAGCGAACCUGAAACGAUUUCGGUUUUAAGUCCUGCUUUGCCUUCUAGCCAACCUAGAAGUGCAGGUGCAAGUAGCCUGAGCUCGGAGAUCGUACCUAGAGCUGCCAUUGAACCGCGUAGAGCACUGUCAUUGCAAACCCGAUUGGCACGAGAGAGACAAUUAAGACCAUCAAAAUCGAUGAUCUUACAAGAUGUUUUCGUACCAUUGCAAGUUGAUUUACCACAACAAAAGCUACUCUCGGAAUGUUUGAUGGAACAGAUCGGAUUGAAAGUUGAUCAGGAUAAAACCCCAACGGUGAACAAAUUCGAUACCAGUCAGAUCAUCACUCCGCCUUUGACACCACCGAAUGAAUCGCAAGAAGAAACAAUCUGUUCUGUUGUAAAAUUUGGGAAAUUACCAAACGUCAUUCGAUUCUUCUUCCCAUCUUCAGUGUUCACAAAAGAACAUGUGGACUCUAUCACCCAAAUGAUGAAUGUUGAACUGAAUAAAUCCGGUACGUCAUUGAUCAAAGAUGGUGGCACAACUGGAUGUUCAUUGGCUAUUGCGGAUAAAUUUCAACUCCUCAAUGAUGGUUCUGCGUUCCAGACAUUCCAUAUUGGCGGAGAAGUAGAGAUUGACGUAAUCUACUCUGCAAAUAUGACCCUGUCACAAAUCUCCGGGAUGGGACAACGAAUUGCUCAAGUUUUGGCAUGUAGCGCUUACUAGCGAUGAUCCCAAUGAUCCCAUCUUGCUUCUAUAGUCUUCUCA